AUGGCUGGUGUACCUGAUAACGUCAAGGGCGUGGUUGAGCUGGACCCCUGGUUAGCUCCUUACGGGGACAUCCUCUCUGCGAGACGGUUCCUUGCCGACAAGUGGAGGCACGAUAUCGAACAUGCGGUGCCCGGCGGGCGGCGCAGUCUAGUUGAGUUUGCGCGCGACGCAUACAAGAGCUACGGGCUGCACGCGGACGCGCAGAGCAAAAGCAUAACGUACAGGGAGUGGGCGCCCAAUGCAACCCGGGCGUUUCUAGUCGGCGACUUCAACGGGUGGGAUGAGACCUCGCACGAGCUCCAGAACAAGGACGAGUUCGGGGUGUUCACGGGUGUGUUCGGACCUGGGGCGGACGGCGAUUUCAUGAUUCCGCAUGACUCACGCGUGAAGGUGGUGUUCGAGCUUGCCGACGGGAGCCGGAUACACCGGUUGCCAGCGUGGAUCAAAAGGGCGACGCAGCCCAGCAAGGAGACCGCGAAGGAGUGGGGGCCGUCGUACGAGGCGCGGUUCUGGAACCCUGCCAGCCCCUACAAAUUCAAGCACGAAAGGCCGCGCCUGGACCCGAACGUGGAGUCUCUGAGAAUAUACGAGGCACACGUGGGCAUCUCGACGCCGGAGCCGCGGGUUGGCAGCUACAGCGAGUUCACCAAGGAUGUGCUGCCGCGCAUCAGGGAUCUCGGAUACAACGCGAUACAGCUGAUGGCGAUCAUGGAGCACGCGUACUACGCGUCGUUCGGCUACCAGGUCACGAACUUCUUUGCUGUUUCUUCGCGGUACGGGACGCCAGAGGAGCUCAAGGAGCUCAUCGACACUGCCCACGGAAUGGGCAUCCAGGUGCUGCUUGACGUUGUGCACUCCCACGCCUCGAAGAACGUCUCCGACGGACUGAACAUGUUCGAUGGCACCGACUACCAGUACUUCCACUCCAUCAGCUCCGGACGCGGCGAGCACCCGCUGUGGGACUCGAGGCUGUUCAACUACGGCAGCUUUGAGGUGCAACGGUUUUUGCUGGCGAACCUUGCAUUUUACAUCGAUGUCUAUCAGUUCGACGGGUUCCGCUUCGAUGGCGUGACCUCGAUGCUUUAUCAUCACCACGGCGUCGGAGAGCGCGGCGCGUUCAGUGGUGACUAUAACGAGUAUCUCUCCGACCAUUCGGGCGUUGACCACGAGGCGCUGGCGUACCUCAUGCUGGCCAAUGACUUGAUCCAUGACAUGCUGCCCGCCAACGGCGUGACCGUUGCUGAAGACGUGUCCGGUUAUCCAACCCUUUGCUUGCCCCGGUCUGUGGGUGGCUGUGGAUUUGAUUACCGCCUCGCCAUGGCGCUGCCAGAUAUGUGGAUUAAGCUGCUAAAGGAGAGCAAGGACGAGGACUGGAGCAUGGGCCACAUUGUCUACACGCUUGUCAACAGGCGCUACAAAGAAAAGGUCGUCGCGUAUGCAGAGUCGCACGACCAGGCGCUCGUGGGCGAUAAAACGCUCGCGUUCUGGAUGAUGGACGCCGCGAUGUACACCGACAUGACGGUGCUGAAGGAGCUCACGCCGGUGGUCGACCGGGGCAUCGCGCUGCACAAGCUGAUCCGCCUGAUCACGCACUCGCUCGGCGGCGAAUCCUACCUGAACUUUGAAGGGAAUGAGUUUGGUCAUCCCGAGUGGCUGGACUUCCCGAACGCCAACAAUGGCGACAGCUACCAGUACGCCCGCCGCCAGUUCAAUCUGGUGGACGACGGCCUCCUCCGCUAUAAGCACCUCUAUGCCUUCGAUAAGGCCAUGCAGGAGGCAGAGGGCAAGCACAAGUGGCUGAAUACUCCCCAGGCCUACGUCUCGCUGAAACAUGAGACAGACAAGGUCAUCUCCUUCGAGCGCAACGGCCUCGUGUUCAUCUUCAACUUCCAUCCGACCCAGUCCUUCACGGACUACCGCAUCGGAGUUGACGAGGCGGGCGCGUACCGUAUAAUCCUCAACUCGGACAGAGAGGAGUUCGGCGGGCACCGCCGCAUAGAGGAGGAAAACUCCGUAUUCCACACCACAGACCUCGAGUGGAACGGCAGAAGAAACUUCAUCCAAGUCUAUCUGCCCUCGAGAACCGCGCUGGUUCUGGCGCGCAACCCCUGA